AUUAGGAAGCGAGAGGGGUUACACUUUGUUUCGUCGGCCGCCGGCGUGGUUUCCCAAGCGGCGGCGGCGGCGGCGGCAGCGGCGGUGGUGGCGGCGGCAGUUCGCUCGCUCGUUCGGCACACAGUCGAACUCCUUCGCCACUGGACGACGGACGUCGUCGUCGUCGCCGUCACCAUCGUCGUCGUCGUCCUCGUCGUCACCGUAGCUGUCACCGUCGUCAUCCACGAGACCGUCAUGUCGCACCUCAUCAUCGGCAUCCUGAUGAUCCUCGCGUCGAUCGCGCGUGGCUGCCCGUUCUGCGCCAGGCAGUUGUUGCAGCAACUGCAACAGCAGCAGCAAUCGCAGCAGCAACAGGAAUCGUACCGGGCGAUCGGCAGCCUGAGACCGUUCGGCGCCGACAAGCCGACCCGCGUCCAGGAGUUCAACCGGACCGGCGUGCUGCACCCCGAGUACCAGAUACCGGCGACCAUCAGACCCGGCAACGUGUCUCAGUUCUAUUACCUGAGUCCACGAGAAGGCCCCCCUCUCACGUUACUCGUUAGCCCGUGCAGCGGCCCGAUCUCAUGGACGGUCAGUUACGUGGAGCCGCCCGAAAACGAUCAGGAAGCGGAAGGAAUAAAGUCGCAAACGCGGUGGCCCGUGAAGACCCUGAAGCCGGGCUCACCUCUCUUCACGUACGAAGGCGCGGACGACCAAAAUUUCACGAUACCAAAGACGCGGGCCGGUCUUUACUGGUUCGAGAUCAAGUCCGUGGAGUCGGUGGCGGGCAACGACGACUCGGCGAGGCGCUCGCCCGGCACCGUCCUCCUGUACGCGACGUCCACCUCCUUGGAUCACGUGCCGGGCAUUUACGCGAACGAGAAGGAGCACCGGCAUCGCUCACUGAGGUUUCAGCAGCGACGGAGUAAGCGCCGGCUGACGGUAUCCUGGAACAAAAGCCAUGUGGAUCCUCACCUGUCCAACUACUGUUUAGCCGUGACGUCCGGCACGCAGCCGCAGCCGUCGACGCUCUGCGCCGCUCGGAACAUUCUUAAGACGCACCCGCACACCACGAGAACCGGCUCCUCCUCGAAGGAAUACCAUCAUCGGGGCGUCCCGGAAGGGCUGCACUGUGUACGGCAGACCAAGCUGACGCUCCACAGAAUGCGAUACGACACUACGUACAACUUCACUCUAUACGUGGUGAACACGCGGAACAACGUUUCCAAUCGGGUCGCCACCGACACCAUCAGGUUCAAGAAGCCGGAGCUGACGCUGCGAACCGGUCGUUACACCACGGCCAAUCUACGGAAGACGGACGGUUUCGUGAACUUCCGCUAUCGGCCGCCGGACAACACCUCGAGCGUUUUUCACAUACUUCCCUGCGGCGGCGGCAUCGUCAAGGCGAAAUUGAGCGGUCCAGGAGUAUUACGGGAGAAAGAGGUGGUGGGAUAUGCCUCAUUACGUGUGCCUCCUCUGCCUCCCGGUAAGACGUACACGUUGCGUAUAUCGACCACACCGCAGGAACUGGUCCGAGUAUCCACCAUAAAAGUGCUCGCCACGCAGGAGUCGUCCACCAUUUAUCCGCAGAUACCGACGAAAAAUCCGCCGCGGGAGUACCGGUCCUUGAGGACCUGUCACGAGGUAACGAUAGGCGUGGAGCCGGCCGGCGCCGCCAAAUACUGCAUCCUGGUGAAGGAGUUGCGUAGCUCCUCGUCCUUGGCGAGUGUCACGACCGUUCCGGAUCAGUGCGGGCUCCACCGGCGCAGACGGUCCGAGUAUACGUUCGAGGUUUGUGAGGAGAAACGGAGCCCACCGAAGGAUCGGGCGCUGCCGUUCACGCUGUCGAGGCUGCAGCCCGGCAAGGCUUACCUGCUGCAGAUCACGGCGCAGCUGAAGGGUCAAUCUUUGUCCUACCCGCUGCUGGGUGUGCGCACACGACGUUCCUGUGACACAUGAUCCACAUGAUUCCUAUUGAACGAACUGCAGCGACUCGACGAUAAUCUGCACCGCUAGUGACUUUUUUUUAGACACCCCUCCCCAACUGUUACUGAUUAAAAGAGAAUUUAUGACGCACGGAGGAAGAUAAUAAUUCGGAGGGGCGACGGCAAAUUUUACCCUGUCGCAGCAGGUAAGUAAAUAUACAGGGUGCUUCUUUAGUACCGUCCAAUAUUUCAGAAACAGAAUUUCGAAGUCACCUUAUGAAGAUAUAAACACGUGUUUGUACGAACUGUUUCUUUAUAAAGUGACCUGAAAAAUCACCGAUAGUACUUAUGAAACGCACUAUAUAUUUAUUUACUUGCUGCGAUAACGUAAGAUUUCGCCAGUUCCGUCAGAUUAUUUUUCCCCGUGCACACGAAGAUGUAUCUACGAUGUCCGUGAAAUUUGUCCAUCUUCGCGCGAGGACGUUCUGACGCGAAUCGGGUGCGUAGCUCGUUCAUUUUUUGAGACUGACGCGAGAAUAACUUCGAGUUUCGGCGGAUGUUCGUCGAAGUAAGUAGAUGACAUCGAGACACGCUAUACGUUUGGUACAAAUCCGUUGUAUCUCAAAAUUUCGCCUCGCGAGCCAAGUACCAAGUAUCGGUCGUGAUCGCGAUAUUUGAUAUAUGGUAGAUAUCUUGUGGAUCUCUCGUUGAUCUUGCUGCUCUCGAUCGAUCGUAGAAGAGAGGUGUAUGUAGCUGAUUGGAGAAGUGUUACCUUCGGGGAUUACGUUCAGUCGCAUUUCGAGGCACAGUCUAGUCUAGAUUUUACGACAACGUACAAUCGCGGCGUCCACGGUGGGCGCGGGGGGCGACCAUACACACAUCGAUAUAUAUUUUGCUAUUUGUGUAAUGUACAUGUACAUUCUUAUAUAUAUGUAUAUGCAAGGUAUAUCUGAACUCUACCGAAUAAACUUACAGGAUAAAUUCUAUGUUAAAAAGUAAAUAAAAAAGUUUUAGUAGACAUGCGUCCGCAAAAGCUUGGUUUUUGGGAUAUAGUCUUCGGAAGAUUACAAGAAAAUGUGUCGCGAUAAACGAAUUAAGAAUACUAAUAUACUUUUCUUACGUUGGUAUAUUAUUAUAUUAUUAUUGUUGCGAGUGAAAUUAUAAGAAACGUAUUAUUUCUCCUUGACAUCAUGGAUGCUUACACUUUCGAGGAGCUUGCAGAUGUGCAUUUCACUCAUGGGGCAGCAAAUGGCAACGGAAGAGAAGCUGUACGAAUCUAUCUAACAAGAUUGAUGAUGAAAUAUUUUUUUUUAACCGAGAUUGCAGUUCAGAAAUUAAGCGUUUUGAGAAACAUGGGGUUAUAUUUACUGAGACUCUUUUACUUAUUCUUUUUUAAAGAAUCCAUCGUGUAAGUUUGUCGGUAGAGUUCAGAUAUAUCUUGUAUAUAUACGAUACGCCUUUUUACCUUGAAUAAGUACAUCGAGUAUUUUUGUAACUUACACGGCGAGUGUACACGUACGGCGUGCGAACGUCAAAGCACGCUUGACACAUUCGUAAUAAAAGUUAUAAGAUUCGUCCCUGUGGCGCAUAAACACACACACAUACACACACACACUCACACUGUGGCCUUACUCCUUCCUUUAAUCGUACGAAUAAAAAUAUAUACCAGAAUGA